CAGUGGGAGUGUUCAUCUAAAAAUCAGGCUCAUGCCAUCCACCAUUUUUUACAACCAUCGAGCCCGAGUCAGAAAUCUCUGCUGUCCCGAUUCACAUUCAGCAAUUUAAAAGCAAAAUCCUCCCAGCCACCAGUGAGCUCCCACUGUGGUCCUGAUUGGAUAUCGUACAGGAAUGUGACCUACGACUGUAAAAGGUUCUGUUCAAUGUGCCGACAGUACUUAUUCCCAAUGUAAGGGGGAUGCUGAAGCAAUGGGGCAAGCACUGAAAGUGUGAAAACUUCACUACCUCCGUCAAGGAAGCAGUGCAGGAGAAAACCAAACACAACGAAGAAGUGACGUCGGGGGAGGAGCCACAAGCGUCUGCCCUCUCCCCUUUUCUGAGGUGGAAGCUCUGGAAUCGCUGGACAGACACACAGAGAAAGCAGCGAGAAACAGAGAAGUAGGAUGGGAGGUGCCAGCUCCAGUGAUGAGAUGGCUCGGUCUUCCAACACUUCCAACAUUAGUCAGCAAGAGCUGAAGUCUAUCUAUGAAAAGGGUCGAGGAGUUACACUACUGAUACAGAAGAGGUUAAAUAAUCUGGACAAUACAGAGUUUAACAUCGCAGUGACAGGAGAAUCAGGCGCAGGGAAAUCCACCUUCAUCAAUUCGAUGAGAGGACUCCGGAGCGGUGAUGAGGGAGCAGCUGAAACUGGGAACACAGAAACCACAAUGGAACCAAUAGGGUACAAACAUCCCAACCUGCCGAAUUUUUGUUUCUGGGAUCUGCCAGGAAUUGGAACGACAAAAUUCCCAGCAGAUAAAUACCUGACAGAGAUGAAUUUUGAAAGGUACGAUUUCUUCAUCAUUAUCUCACACUGUCGAUUCAGAGAAAAUGAUGCAAAACUCGCCACAGAGAUUAAACGACUGGGAAAGGAAUUCUACUUUGUUCGAUCUAAAAUUGAUAAUGAUCUCGAUUCAAUGGGAAAGCAUCAGAGGAAAAUUAAUGAAGGAGCAGAAGUGGAAAAGAUCAGAAAUGACUGUGUCAGAAACCUGCAAGAGGCAGGGGUUCUGGCACCCAAUGUUUUCCUGAUAUCAAACUUUGAUCAUAGUAUGUAUGAUUUUGUUAGGUUAAAAAAGAACAUUAAGUUAAAAAGGAACAUCCCUCCCUUGGAAACAGUUUCCCCAUUCAAUUAGAUCUUGGAUGAUCUGCAUCCAGGCCAGCUGUCUUGGUUCUGUAACCCUUAAAACUCUUACUAAACAAAACUUAAUUUCAGUUUUGAAAUUUUCAGUUGAACCCAGCCUCAACAACUUUUUCCUUUUUGGCAAGAUGGGGGUGGGGGUGGGAGGCUAUCAAGUUCCAGGUUUCAACUGGAAGAAAAAGUGCUUUGUGACAUCGCCCCAGAUGGCUGAACUCCAAUUUUAAGGUUAUGUGCCUUGUUCUAGACUCUCCCACCAGAAAAAUACUUUCCCUUUAUCUAGCCUUUCAAAUUCUUUAAUCAUCUUCCAUCAUUACAUGAAAAAUAAAUAAAAUGGCAGGGCUAUGGGGAAAAAAACAGGGGAGUGGGGCUAGGAGGUGCAUUGCUCUUGCAGAGGGCCAGCAUAGAUGCAACAGGCCAAAUGGCCUGCUCCUGUGCUGUAACCAUUCUGUGGUUCUAUGAUCUUAAACACGUCAAACAGAUCACUACUUAAUUUUUUAUAUUCAAGGGAAUACAAGCCUAUUCUAUGCAACUUGCUCUCAGAACUUGAUCUUUUUUGCCCUGGUGUUUUUCUGUUGAAUCUAUGCUGCACUCCCUUCAAGGCCAAUAUAUCCUUCCUGAGGCGCAGUGCCCAGAACUGAAUGCAGUUACUUCAUCUAGGGUCUUACCAGGGCUCUGUACAAUUGAAGCACAACUUCAAACCCUGAUGAGAUAAAGCCCAACAUUUAAUUUAAUUUUUAAUUAUUGUUUGCAUCUGUUAACUAACCUUUAGUGAUUUAUGUACCUGUGCUCCAAAAUCUAUCCAUUCAUCCACAGUAUUCUGACUUACCCUCUUGAAACCUCAAAUUGUCUCACAUUGAACUCCCUGUCCCACAGUUUUGCUGACUGUUCAUAGCUUUAUAGUUAAGUCAGUUAACAGUUCAGCCCAAUAUACUGUGCUUAGUUUCUGCCACAUCUCACCAGACUCAGCCGUAUCAGAAAUCAAAACCAUGGUUUAUGUUUGUUCUUUGUAGAGAAUGCACAAAGAGUGAUGAAGGCAACUUUUUUGACUGCAGAUGAAAAUGGUCAUUUAUGCUGUGGAUUUGAUUCUCCGGGUGUUGGUAGUUUCUACAUUGGCCCUGUUUCCACCCCAAGUAAAGGUAGUAGGUGAUUACAGGCUUAGUUCCAGCGUAAGCCAAACACAAUAGAGGCAUCUGUGGAGAGAAAGCGCAUUUUUCAAUGCUAUUAAAACCAUUCACCAUCUUCACUUUCUAUCCCUCUAGGUCCUGGCUUUCGAGCCAUUGUGGCAUUGAACACUGUUUGUCUAAAAAGAGAUGAUUCACUGCAGUGAAUUUUGUCUGAGCAGCAAUAGCAUCAGAUAAUGAUACAAUGGAGAAUAGGGCCAGCCAGGAUCAGACCGUAUCCUAGCAAUGAACAUACAUACCAGCUCCCGUACAAAGCAGGGCUUUGUGUACAACAUUUUGAUGUGUGAUGGUAUAAAAUGCAGGCAGAAUUAUGGACACAAAAGGUAGUAGAUUAACACCAUUUCAGAACAGACUAAAUGAAGAGAGAUCAUAACCAUAGGUUGUGAGAUGAUAAAUGGAGGAAUCUGGAGGGUUGAAAUAGCUGUAUUCUUCCAUGACUGCUGGGAACUCAGUCUUGGCUGUGAAUUCAUUCAACUUUAA